GACGGAAAACUUCAUYACACAUUCCGACGAAGCUUUGUACAACAYACGUAGCCKGACUGAUGCCAACAUUUAUCUUCGGAAGCCUCCUGUCGGGGUGGUUGCUGGUCAAUGGUCUGCGCAAUCGGGAAGUGCAUGGAUUKUCUCUCUCCCCUCCCGUCACGCAAAGAUAUAGGUGGUCGACAUCGCUGCCCGCCGUAACCGGAGCAGAUAUCGAGCAAGAUGCCGAAGGGAAGCAGACACCGCAAGUGGUUGGGGACAAAAUUAUAUACAGAGGAAAGGUGAACGAGAUCGAUUAUUGCAUAGCACCAGGAGAUGUAUCUUUGUCACGUGCAAGURGAAAGAUUACCAAGGGAGACAACRACGACCAAUCACCACAGACAGUGUCUCUGACGCAGGCACUGAACAAYGCUUCAAAUCGAGCCGUGCGACGGAUUCUUCUUGCGAAGUCUUGGCCAUCGGAGGAGGAUUUUAACCUGAGCCUCCGAUUGGCGGCCGCUGCCGAAAAGAAAGCAGAUGAGGCAAGAGAAAAAGACGGUGGCGUCAGCACAUCAAAGUGCCCCGUACCGCGGCCGAUAUUGAACCUCCUGACGCGCUCCUCGUCGAGUAACAAUGCUGCGGACGGACCGGCUUCGCCAACCAAAACGAGAACCAACCAAGAAUAUGUCGCAGAUCAAAUUGUGGCAUUUCGAGAGAGGUAUGGUAGUCUUCAGGAUUACAAUUUCGCCGAGGCGUACCUGGAAUCRAUCCUGAGUCUUGCGACAACCGGUGAAGAGUCACCAAGAGUAAAAGAGGUAAGUAAACCAUCGACGGAUUAUACGUUCCAUUCCAAUUACUUCAUUACCUUUGAUAUGAAGGUAUCAGUCUCGAAUUCCCUUCGCUAAUAGAUUURAACUUCUUUUGGACUAYAGGUUUUCCAAUCAAGGACAUACUUACGCAGUUAUAAGCGAGUGCUUUCUGUCCUACAGAGCGUCGGAGUUGUUUUGGAAGAGAUUCCCGACGCGAAGAGGUUCAAAAUUGCCAAGAAACUUAAGGACCAGAACAUAUGUCUAUCAAUGAUAGACACACUUCGAAUUCGAGAGGAAAUUGCGAAUCCAACAAAAGCGAUCGAUGAAGCAGAGGCAGAGGUCGAAGAAGAGGAAAAYGAUACGGAUACGGUUACUGACAUUGAUAUUGACACAACAGAGUCAAAAAAUGAAGUUGAAAGUAAGAAUUCAACGAAAGGUAAAAACAGAUUUAAAUUUUGGAAAAAGGAUAAGAAAGAAGGACCUAAACCCGAAGAAGAAAUCGCGUCUUCUGACGAAGAAUCAGCGAAGGAACCUUCCACACCUGUUUCUGAGAACARGGUAAUUUUUAGUUCAGACGAACCUUCUAUGACGCGGCAAUUGAAUGCUUUCUCGAAUAUUGUUAGAAGAGUACUUUUAUUUGGUGGUGAUCAAGAGCUGCUGAUUUUGUCCGAAACUUUGUCUGGCAAUGAUAAAACUUUUGUUGAUCGUUGGUAUCCAGAUACAGGCCCUCCAACCGAGAAGAUGGAAGAUGAGUUGCGCCCCGGUGUCCAGUACUUGAAUGCUCUUGUUAGCUUGCUUCGAGAAGCAUACAACGAAGGGAUAGUGACAGACCUCAACCCUUUGACCUCUGUGAGCCAGAGUUACAGCAAUGCCUAUGAAAGACUGAUUGCUUCGCUGGUUGAAGAUGGGAGCGGUUAUAUUCGUGCCGAAGCAGACGUGAUGGCAAUGCCAAAGCCCCGUACAGCCACGGAAGAGCUCGGGCGUUUCGCGGUAUGGGAGGCCGCAUUUCGUUCGAAAGAUGAGUCAACUUCGUUUCCAGACGAUCUCGAGGGCACCUGGGAAGUCAAGGACGAAGUAGGAGGAGAAACAAUUGGUGUUUCGACGGUGAAAUUGUUGCCCAAUGUAAGUGUUUCUAGUUUCGACACUUCUGAAGUUGUUUCUUCGCAAAAAGUCUAAUGUUUUGUAACAACUGUUUUUAUGCUGGUCACAGGGAGAAGUAGGUGUCGCUGCGCCUCUACAAGGCUUGCAAUGGCGUCUAGACCCAGGACCAACACAUCUUGACACGUGCACAUUCCAAGUGUUGUCGGAAGAUGGAACUGUUCUACAGUAUCGUGGAUUCAUCGAUAGAGGAGCUCGAUUGGAAGCUAGGUUUUCCGGCCGACCAAUACGGAUUCGUGGAUCUGUCAUGUUCCAAAUGCGAUACUUAGGCGGAGGUCCUGAUUAUUGGAAAGAAACACUACCCGUGAAUUACUUGGAGGGUGCAACAAAGUUCGAAAUGAAGAAAACAGUUGCCUAAGUGGAAGUAAUUGAUAGCRAACAGACAGCUUGAAAUAAAGAUAAAAUAAUCCUUAAGUAUCUGAAUUUAUUUCAUUAGUUGGAUAUUAUCAAGCAAGACUUCAUUCGCGUAUGAAUAUCUAUCGAAAACGUUGCUGCUGCUGUCGACUUCGAGCAUUUUGCAAUCUUUGUUUAUGGGGACGAGAUGUAAGGUGCUCUUUCAUUUGAAUGGGACUAGUGAACUGCUUGCGACAAAGUUUACAAAACGUAGCUUUUCUCUCCAUUGCUACAGCUGUUUUAUGGAAUUCACUAGCUUUGUGUGCGUGGAAUGCGUSUUCGUUUUCGUAUUGUUUGGAACAGAAGCGGCAAUAGAAAGGAAUUUUUUCGGAUGAGCGAGCUGUAUACCCUCCAAGCACUUCUUCGACUGCCCUCUGCAAACCGCUUUUUUCGGCAGUCGGUUGAGCCUUUUUCCGCUCGGAUUUUUUUCGCUUCUCCAAGCUGUACUUCCCAGGAACUGGAAGACAGGCUGACGCAAGGCUUUCCACCCGGUCAUUAGCAAAUUCAGAAAGKGAGAGAAUCGCCUUAUCUUUGUUGUUGGCUCCUUCAUUGUCAGAAUCUUCUUCGUCGGAAGAACUAGCGGAAUCGUCUGAUUCAUCCCCAUCGUUCAUUAAUUCCCUUUCAAGCCUUGCAAUUUCAUCGUCAAUGUCACCACCUGCUGGAGGAGCUUCUAAUUCCUCGCUAAAUUUCACCCCUUUCUUCUUUUUUGGUGCUCGCAACUGCAUGCCUAUUGGAACAGCYGAUGCAUUAGCGUCUUUUUUAGACAGCAGAAUCGAUGAUGGUUUCGAUUGAACUGAGGUUUUCGUCAAGUUUGCUAUUGACGAGGUUGGUUUUGAAAUGAGACGAUAUUCUUUUCCAUCCUUUUCUAUUUUUCCAUCAGCCAGAAGAUUUUUCAAUGCGCGCUUGGUAUGUUUCUUCUUCAAGGAAGGCGAUAUUGCCUUCACCACCCUCUUGAGCUCUUUCUUGGUUCUCGAACAUUCUGCAAGACUUUGAAGCACAAAUUUUGAAGCUGUCGAUGCACUCUUUUUUCCCAUGCUUCAAUGCUACUAGUCCAUACGCCUCGUACUCGGGACUCAGAUUACAAGGUGAUCCUAUCUCCCUAUUGACGUUAAAAUCAACACUUCUUCCCUUUGUUAGACCGCAGUGCUGUGCGAUGUUGUGCCCCACGAUGACAACAUGCCAUGGUUGUGCCUAUAAAGYACUGUUUGGUAAAAAAUUCAGAAUUUCCACRAAUUAUUUUCUUUUCAYUUUUUUCAAUAUUUUCGUUUUUCCGAUCGAACGGUGAUCAUUGGUGAUAAGGAUAUGAUGACAUCGCAUAUCGCGCGUGACUUCUUGAAAAUCAGCAGCCGCGCCAGAUGCUCGUAGGAAUCUAAAACAAACAAUAAGUACUUGUACCAGUAGUACAGUAACCUAUCUAUCCUACCGUUCAACUCUAGCUAGUCUUUGACACGGUACCGUGCUACUGAAUGAAGCGCUGUAUGAUGUCUUCGUUGAAAAUCAACCGGCUCGUUCCUGCCGUUAAGACCUAAAAAAGAUUCUUGUCUGACGAACUGGUAGGUACUACCUGAAUGGUGACAAAAGCUUCGUAUUACAAUUGAAGGUAGAGAAUAAUKACUUCCAGGCACCUAAAGAAAGUUUUCAGUUCACUUGACGCUGAAGUCUAGAUUUAAAAUAUACAGACAGAAUAGAUGGUCGUUUCACGUGUUYGACCCCCGCAAGUUGUAUCUAUAGCAGGAAGGACGGCGCAAACAGAUGCUCGACAGCCAAAACCCAAUGACAAAACCCUGGGCUCUUUCUCUUUACAGUUCGGCUCGCAUUUUGYUUGCAAGUGCUUCCAUCUGUCUCUUCUUCUCCGGGUUGUUGGCCAUAUCCUUCAUGGCAUCAAURUAGCUCUUAAAUUGGGGAUCCUUUGCCAUUUGUUGCAACUGAUUUUGGAAGUUAGGAUCUUGGACCAUUUUCGCGACUUCUGCCAUUACUUCAGGGUUAUUCAUGGCCUUCAUAGCUUCCUCCAUCAUGUUUCCUGCCUUGUUCUUCAAUUGUUCGUCUCCAAGCUUCAACAUGUGCUCCAUCUUUGCUUCCAUUUCAGCUGCUGCGGCUGGGUUCUUCAUCAUUUCAAUCGACUUCUGAACGCUUUCUUUGAAUGCUUUGUCGUUGCUCAUUUCUUUCAUUUGCUUUUGGAAUGCUGGGUUCUGCAUCAUUUUUUGUGCCUCCGCCAUUAAAUCAGGAUCCUGUUU